GCUGCCGUUUCCGCGGCCCCGCGCUCGGCGGGCAUGGAGGUGCAGCUGGGGGUCGGCCGCGUGUACCCGCGGGCGGGGGGCAGGACUUUCCGCGGGGCUUUUCAGACCUUCUUCCAGAGCGUCUGCGAGGCUUUCCAGGCGCCGCGGGAGGAGCCGGCCGCCAGCCCGCAGCCGCCGGUGUGCGCGCCCUGCCCGCCCGGCGCCCGCCCGCCGCCGGGCUCGCCCGGCCGCCUGCCGCCCCGGGAGCCCCGCGGCGCGGGGAAGGCGCUGCCGGCGGGCGGCCCCGCCAUGGGCUCGCCCUUCCCCUCCGCCGGCGAGCUGCGGGAGCUGCUGUGCGAGGCGGGCGCGCUGCCGCCGCCGCCCGAGGCCGAGCCGGCGCCCAAGGAGGACCCGCUGGGCGACAGCGCCAAGCAGCUCUGCAGGGCCGUGUCCGCCUCCAUGGGCCUGGCCCUGGAGGCGCCGGAGGCGCCGGGCGAGCCGCUGCCCCGCGAGGACUGCAUGUUCGCGCUGCCCGCCGGGCCGCCCCGCGCCCCGCGCCCGGCCGGCGGGGACCCGCCGGAGCCGCCGCCCGCCCCGGCCGCCUUCGCGGGCGCCGAGGCCGCCCUGGCCGUCGACGCGCCCGCCGGGCCGGGGCUCUACCGCGGCUCGCCGGGGCCGGCGGCGCGGCCGCCCCCCGGCUUCAGCUUGGCGCCGCCGCCCGCCCGCGUCAAGCUGGAGGGGCCGCCGGUGCCGGCGGCGGGCGGCGGCUGGGGCGCCCCGUGCCGCUUCGGCCCCGAGACGGCCCCGCCGGGCCCCGCGGCCCCCUGGCCCGCCUUCUUCGCCGAGGAGGGGCAGCUCUGCGGGCCCUGCGCCGAGCCGCCCGCCGGCCCCUUCGGCUGCGGCCGCGGGCCGGCCGCCGAGACCGCCGACUUCCCCGCCGACGCCUGGUACCCGGCGGGCCGGGCGCCCUUCGCCGCCCCCGCCGCCUGCAUCAAGAGCGAGCUGGGGCCCUGGGCCGAGGGCUACGCCGGCGCCUACGGCGACGUCCGGUUGGAGACUGGCCAUGAACACGUCUUGCCCAUUGACUAUUACUUUCCACCUCAAAAGACUUGCCUGAUUUGUGGAGAUGAAGCAUCUGGGUGCCACUAUGGAGCCCUCACUUGUGGUAGCUGCAAAGUCUUCUUCAAACGGGCGGCUGAAGGUAAACAGAAAUACCUCUGUGCCAGCCGGAAUGACUGCACCAUUGACAAGUUCAGAAGGAAAAACUGCCCGUCCUGCCGCCUGCGGAAGUGCUACGAAGCUGGGAUGACUCUCGGAGCCCGCAAGCUGAAGAAGCUGGGUAACCUGAAGACACAAGAUGACUUGGAGGCAGCCAGCUCAUCCAGCCCCAGCGAGGAGCAAGCUCCCAAGAUGGUGAUGACGCGCAUUGAUGGGUAUGAGUGCCAGCCCAUCUUCCUCAACGUCCUGGAGGCCAUCGAGCCUGGUGUGGUGUGUGCUGGCCACGACAACAGCCAGCCGGACUCCUUCUCCAACCUGCUGACCAGCCUGAAUGAGCUUGGGGAGAGGCAGCUGGUCUACGUGGUCAAAUGGGCAAAGGCCUUGCCAGGAUUUCGCAAUCUGCAUGUGGAUGACCAGAUGUCAAUAAUCCAGUACUCUUGGAUGGGCCUUAUGGUUUUUGCUAUGGGUUGGAGAUCUUUCACCAACGUCAAUUCCAGAAUGCUUUACUUCGCUCCAGAUUUGGUCUUCAAUGAGUACCGGAUGCACAAAUCCAGAAUGUACAGCCAAUGUGUCAGGAUGCGGCACCUCUCUCAGGAGUUCGGGUGGCUUCAGAUCACACCCCAGGAGUUUCUCUGUAUGAAGGCUCUACUCUUCUUCAGUAUAAUUCCAGUGGAUGGCCUGAAGAACCAGAAGCUCUUUGAUGAACUUCGAAUGAAUUACAUUAAGGAACUUGACCGCAUCAUCGCUUGCAAGAGGAAGAACCCUACCUCCUGCUCUCGGCGAUUUUACCAGCUCACCAAGGUCCUGGACUCCGUGCAUCCUAUUGCCAAGGAUCUGCAUCAGUUUACAUUUGACCUUUUAAUUAAGGCACAUAUGGUGAGCGUGGACUACCCUGAAAUGAUGGCUGAGAUCAUCUCUGUGCAGGUUCCCAAGAUCCUGUCUGGAAAAGUCAGGCCAAUCUACUUCCAUGCACAGUGAUCUGGAGGGACCUCCCAGCUCUGCCACCCCCAUUUCAGCCAUCUCCUGCCUGUUACUUCUGCACUACUGCACUGCAGUGCCUUGAGGAAUCCCCUUUACAGAGACAGUGUGCCAAGAAGAUGGACAGUGACAAAUGACUACCUGCUGGGAUUCCUGAGAUUUCUAUUUUUCCUGAGGUACUGAACUACCUGCCAUGGCUUCUGCCUAGAUUUGGCUGGCUCGCUGUGCUGGGGCAGGGAACUGUGGCACAGUGGCUGUGGCACCAUAUCUACACUCUCUCAUUUGUCUAUUUUCCACAGUGACUUUUAGUGGCCCAGGGCCACGGGAGAUUGGAGGAAAUGCCAGCAGUUGUUGGGUUUGGGUUUUUUUUAAAAACAGAACAAGACAACAAGCAGGUUGAACCUAUAAGUUUGGGUGUGGGUUACUUUACUGGCCUCCUUUGGAACUUCUUAUUUGCAUUAUGGUGCUGAGAAGCAGAAGAGUUAAAAUAUUGCAGUAGAGAAACACUGAAGAGUUGCGGGGGUGAGAUGAAUUUGCAGCCUGAUGAAUUUACAGGACCUGCUGCUGGGUCAGAAAGCUGCCGAGCAGCCAUUGCAGGGUCUACUCCGGACAGCAUGCCGCUGCCAUCUGCGGCCCCGCAGACCUGCCUGCGCAGCAGCACAGACGAGCGUUAAUAUUAGCUGAUGGAGUGUUACGAGGUUGUCAGCAGAAGGGCUGGAGAGGAAGAUGACCUUCAGAAAUCCCCAAAGAUGGCGGAUGGCUGCUGUUUUCCACCUGUGAUGUUUUUCCUGUGGCUGGUCAAGCUGGAUCUCCGUCUGCCCCGCAGAUGCCCAGGCGCUCAGCAGUCACAUUCCUGUCCUUGACAGCUGCUGCUCCUCCAACACAGCCGUACCGACCUCCGCAAGUGCCUGGUGUCCUCAGACCUCACGGUCUCCCCUCCUCCUGUGGGCACCUGAAGCCCCCUGCCCAGCCCCUCACCAGCUCUGCUCCCGCUGGGUGUCUGCAGAGCCCGGGUUUCCAGGUACACUACUUAUUUUCUGUUGGUGCCAACUAUUCUUUCUGAUGCCAGCAGAUGAGUGUCCCGGGAGCAAAGCAGCGGGGCCAGGACCUGCGAGGCCACGGGGCUCCUGCUGUUAAUCCUGUCCUUUGGGAGGUGGCUGUGGUAACCGGCUGGUGCUGCCGUGGCGCUUCAGGGGCUUGUAAAGGAAACGCCGAAGAGACUUUAUGCCCUUCCAAGCGGUGUGCACGGCUCCUGCUAAUUGCAGCAGUUGAUUGCAGCCUGGGGGGGACAUGGUCCCGCAUGUGCCGCCUGUCCCUAGCAGCCCCACGUGUCAUGGUGGUGGCACAGUCUGUGGCUCCGCCACAAGGACGGAUAAAUGUGCCCUCGCUAACGAGGGCGUUCGGUCCAUGGCCAGCAAAUGGUACAGGCUGAUCGGUCUGCAGCUGCUGGUGACUUCCAGCAGUCGGGAAUAUCUGAGAAAAGCAGGCUUCGUUUGUCAGGUAUAAGCGUUGGCUUGACUCCGUUUCAUACCUCAAGUUGAGAAAGGAACGCAGGCCCAUCCGACACCUGUAUUCAGAUUUGUUUAUUUGCUGGGCUCUGCUUCCCACAAAGUGGCCAAGCCUGCGUUCCCCGCGGUAUUUCAGUUCCCCCCCUUCCCGCACAGCCACGAGCCCACCAAAACCACUUGGUCAGACCUGGCUGGGUGUGUUGGUGAGCGCAGCACAUACACGCUCUUGCUAGGGUAAUACUCCUCAUCGGGGGCUGCGAUGCAGUCCAGCUUUACUGGCAGACGUCUACAAGGGGUCCUCGUGCCGGCGCAGGCAAACAGCAAGUCCGUGCCUUGCCGCACGCAGUUCUCUGGCGGGCGGUUUCGCCGCUGCAGUACGGAGCAGAGCUUGUGGCGGAGCUGUGCCCACCCAGAGCGCUGGUGUGGUCCCCCGGCACCGCGACACAAGUGCGAAGCAAAUGCCGGAGUCUAGAGAAGUGAACCUGAUCAGACCCGUGCAGCACACCGCGCUGUGUUCCCCCUGCAUGAUACCAGCUACUUGUGUUUUUCAGAGGCCUUUAAUGUGAAGGGAAUAAGGUUUAGGCCAAUUGAUCGCCACAUAUAUAUGGUGCAGAAAACAUUGCUGCUUGGACCAUUCACGAGCUGAGCAUCACCAUCAGCUCUUCAUGCAAAUGCCUUCAUGGUACGUCUGUGUUCUUUGCAAACUCUCAGUAAAACAAACAAUUUUCCUGAUACUUUUCAAUCAUGCUAUGGGAUUUUCAUUAAGGGAAGGGGUAGGGAAAAAACCCAAAACUAUCGAAGGGGAAGAUCUUUUCUUUACAGCUGUUUGUAAUGGGUUUUCCUCCCCUGCUAGAUACGGCUCUGGUCAUGCUUUUCCUCCUGAAAUCCCUUCACAUAGGUGACAACAGAAUCCCUAGAUAACCUUCCUGAAUCCCAGCCAACAGGACAGUGUUCUCAGUAGCUUUUCCUAUUUUAGAGGGCUGCAAGCAUUUUAAGUGUCGAUAUGAUCUAAUAAUAUUUACAAAUGAACCAGUAAAAAAAAUCCUACUGGUGCAUUCCUCUGUUCUUGAACAUUUUCUGGCUAUUAGCAGAAGAGUACAAUGAACAGCUGGGUGAGUAAUACCCUCACCUCUGUCAUCAAGAGGAGGAUGUUUAUGAGCAGUCUGAAUAGCUCCUUUGGAGAGCUUUUUAUUUUGCCCAGGCUCACAUCAGUGAAGUUUUCAUUAGUUAAUGAGAGUGGAGGUAUCCUGCUGGGUACUUUUCUGCUGGGAGAUUGGGAAGAAAUCAAACUUAAUAGGGAUUUGUAUACUCUGAUUUGCUGGUGGAAGCAUAGUACAAAUGAAAAAUGGUUUAGAAGGUGAUGCUGCCUAUGUAUCAUCUGCCAGAUGUGUGCAACUCGUGUGUGCAGCCUCUCCAACUGGGUAUGCUUUGAGAAGGGAGCAGGAUUGCCACUAAAUAUUCUUCAGGAGAUGAGUCGGUAUGUGCCAAUAUUAAUGGAAACUUCUAAUUUGAUAAUUUUUUCUGGUUAGGUACUGCCCAGUGUUCAAAGGUCCAUCCUUUCAUGGCACGAAUGGAGCAUACACUGGCACAGUCUGGUGUCGGUAUCUGCUUCUCCAGCUUUCUUGUAGCCGAUUCUGGUUAGACAGGGAUAGUAUUUGCACUUGGGGGACGACGGUGUGUUCUUUAUCUUUGCCCUCUUUGACUGCACAAAGUGUCCUUGCACUUCGGGGCAGAAUCCUGGAAUUCUAAAGCAGUAGCUGUUUUCUAACUGUUUCAAAGUAGACUUUUAGAGGCACAGAAAUCCUUUCUUGUACCAUAAUGACUGGCCAAGUCGCACUCUGCACCAUCGUGUCCUGGUGCCCGCUAUCAAAUGACAGAGCACCUGGAAACUGGCGGCUGGGCGAGAUGCCCGUGUGGUGGGGCGGCAGGAGCAGUUACCAGCGCUGCAUGGCUGGGACUGGGGAUGGAAACCUGCUGCAGGCUCUGGGCAUGGCCGGGCAGCCUGGCUGCAGAGGGGGUGCUCCAGGCCGUUCGUGGCAGGACGGCGUGGCUCCGGAGGAGACGGGCACAGGCUCAGCCCUCCUGCACUCGCUUGCCUGCUCGCAGGCAACAUGGAGGGACUUUUGCUCAUUCCCUUUUAAAAUGGCGGGGGAACCUGCACUUGUGAUUCAAAAAGUAAGUAUCUGCACCACACAUAAAACCACAGCAAAUUUAUAGUAAGCUGCUCUCUGUGCCAGGUAUUUUGUGUUCUGUGGCAAUUUAAUGCAGUUUUUAUUUGUUAACAUGUUUCUGUAAUAAAAAGAGUUCUCUAUAUUGAUAAUACUUUAUUUUCUUUGUAAUAAGCCAAAAAGCUCAUUGCUGGUGCCUUUUUGCCUGGGAAGGACUCCCAGCCCACAGCUAUCGUCAUGAAAGUAACAAAGCAUAAUGUCUCUACAAUUGCUUGUUUCACCAUAGCUGAGUAAAGUCAUGAAACAAACACUGCAGGAUUACCAAAAGGAAAAGAACAAGUAGCCUACAGAAUGGGCAGAAAGACCUUCAGGUACAAUAAUGUGGUUAUUUCCCUAGGUCUGGGUCCAAGGCGAGCGGUUCCAAGGCAAGGGCUAUGCGUGACAUGGAGAAAGCCUUUGCCCUGGCUCGGUGGGACUUUCUGCUGCUGCAUUGCGAACCUUUAUCCUCUGCAAGAUGUGCAGUGAGGUUGAAGCAUACACAUAGCAUUUUAUUACGGUUGCAAUUGUAUUGCAGUUGCAACACUGUAGUGUUUUUCAGUCACCUGUCAGAAAUGGCAGUGUUUUGCCCAAAUUAAUAGCAUCUGAGGCCAAGUUCUGCUUCUAGAGAAGAAUGUUAGUUGGAUUGUUGCCACUGCUCUUUUUUUUUUAAAUUGGAACUGAAUACAAUUGAAUAAGGAAAAUGGAGACCUACAAUGUUAUGACAUCAUCGAGACUGGAGAGCAGUGACAUCCGCUGCUUUGGCUGGUGAGAUGCGGUGGAGGAUGUGCAGGAGACGACCGUGACUUAGAAGUCACUGUAUGGGGCUGAAGGAUGUCUGUUCUCGUAACCAAAAAGAGGAGCCUGUCUGGCAUCCAGGAUAAAGACAAAACCAAUCCCACUACGCUAGGGGAAAUCAAAAUUUCACUUUUUGACUGUUUUAGUCCAUGCUUGGGUCCCAUGCAAGCACUUGGCCUGUGCUGUGCCACAGGGCAGACCUUCACGCUUGGUGUUCAGCUGUUUUAGUAAUCUUAAAAGCUGUUGUUGUUCUAAGUACAAUAAAGGCAGAAUCUCGUUUGUUGGAACACUGCUCUGUGCGUGUAUUUGGCUUUUGUUUCAGUUAUGUGCAUGAAAAAUGUUAUCUGGUGUGAUGAAUAUUAGCUAUUGAAGAUGCCAGGAAUCAGUGGGUCAUUUCUCAGUGGAUGAGGCUGUAUGUUUGGUCAUUCAUAGGCUAUUUUUCACAGUCAGAUUUUGCUACUAAUCACGUCUGAACUGUUAAUUCAUUUACACGUCGAUUGACUAAUCCUUUCAUAUAUGCCUCUUUGGGUCUUUUAAACUGAAUUUAAUUUGAUUAAUGUAUUUCUCAAAGCAAGGAGCUAAUAAAGGCCAGUGUCCUCCU